UCUCUCUCUAAGAAAGAGAGCCAGAGAGCGGAGAGGUAAAGAGAGACAGAUAGACCACGAAUUCCUCCAUUUCUUGUAUUUUCUUAAUUUCCAAUUAAAAUCGAAGAAAGAAAGAGAAAUUCAAAAAAGUGACAGAACCCAGUUCUCUUUGCUCUUUGCUCUUUGCUCGCUUUCUCUGGUUGUCUCUUCUCUCAGGCUCAGAUCAACUUCUGAUUUCUCAUUUCAACCCCAGAAAAGCUAGCUAAAUACCAACUUAAAAGGAGAUCAGAGGGAUACCCAAAACCAUUUCAACAAGCACUAUUUCUCUCUCAGUUCGUCUUCUCUCCCUAACACAACAGGAAAAGGAACGAGAAGAAUGAAAUGAAGAGAUUGAAGAAUUAUCUGCACAUGAGGCAAUCACCAAACAUGGAGAGAAAAUGGAUCUUCCCCUUGGCCAUUGGCUCUUUAGUCUCGCUCUUCCUUCUAUUCCUUACCACCUUAACAUCUUCAGAUGGACUUCUGUUCUUACCACUUUACCACUCAUCCACUGUCUCCGACUCUAUCUUCAUCGAGUCCAAGCUCCAUCCUUUGCCAGUCUCCUCCCUCCCUCCCCCACCUCGCCUCGCCUACCUCAUCUCUGGCUCAGUCGGCGACGGUGAAAUGCUCAAGCGUACCCUCCAAGCUCUCUACCAUCCUUUCAACCGCUACGUCGUUCAUCUAGACCUCGAAUCCUCUCCCCAGGAACGUCUCGAUCUCCACGACUACAUUAAGAAUCAUCCCGUCUUCUCCUCUGUCGGCAAUGUGUGGAUGAUUACCAAAGCUAAUCUCGUCACUUACAGGGGCCCUACCAUGGUGGCCAACACUCUACACGCCGCAGCCAUCUUGUUGAAGAAGGGAGGCGACUGGGAUUGGUUCAUCAAUCUCAGUGCCUCUGAUUACCCCCUCGUUACUCAGGAUGAUCUGUUGCACACAUUUUCUCAUUUGCCACGGGAUCUCAAUUUCAUCGACCAUACGAGUGAUAUUGGGUGGAAAGAGUUUCAACGAGCAAAGCCAAUUAUCAUAGAUCCUGGGCUUUAUAUGACGAAGAAAGCUGAUGUUUUCUGGGUUACCCAGAGACGAAGCGUUCCAACUGCCUUCAAACUCUUUACAGGCUCUGCCUGGAUGGCACUUUCUCGGCCCUUUAUUGAUUUCUGCAUAUGGGGAUGGGAUAACCUACCACGGACUGUCCUCAUGUACUAUGCAAACUUCAUAUCCUCCCCAGAAGGCUACUUUCAUACUGUCAUCUGUAAUGCUCCGGAGUUCCGUAAUACCACUGUUAACAGUGACCUGCAUUUCAUAUCAUGGGACAAUCCCCCCAAGCAGCAUCCCCAUCACCUUACCCUCAAUGACAUGUCAAGGAUGAUAGAAAGCAAUGCCCCAUUUGCUAGAAAGUUCCAUAGAGAUGACCCAGUCCUCGACAAGAUAGAUGCUGAGCUUUUGUCCCGAGGCCCGGGCAUGCUUGUUCCAGGUGGAUGGUGCAUGGGGAGCAGGAAAAAUGGGAGUGACCCAUGCUUGGUUGCGGGGAAUUCCACAGUCCUCAGACCCGGUUCCGGUGCAAAAAGGCUGGAAACUCUAGUCGUCUCUCUGUUAUCAGAUGAUAAUUUCCGGCCAAGGCAGUGCAAGUAAUAUGAGCUCAGUUGAGGAAAUACAUCUGGUGCCAGCCUAUUAGUUCACAUCACAUUGGAUGCAUGGCAUUGCCAUCGUGAUCAGGUAAAGGUUAUGAGGGGCUCUCAAGUUGAUUGGCAGCAACAAGGCAGAGUAAGGGAACUGCUACUCUUCUGCUAGAAUAAUGUGAGAUAUGGUACUGAAAGCAUUCACCUGGUGCUGCCGAUCUGCUGAGUCCUUGUUUCUUAUACUCUCCCACGAAUAUAUAUAAAAGAACCAAAACCAAAAAGAUUUUUGUUUGUAAUCGUUGAUCUUCAGGCAUUGAUUAAUGUUAUGAAAUGCUGCUGCCGUGCUGAUGGGAAGGGAGAAUGUGCAGUUUUUACUGCCAAACAUGAAGAGAAAAAGAUGGUGGAUGAAUACAAAUUUUAAGUAACGGUACUAUUUGGCCUAGUGGAGAAUUGCAUUCACACUUUUGCA